GGACUUCGGCUUUGCUUCUUCUUUCUUUUCCGCUCCUCCAGCUCCUUCUCUCCAAAAUGGCAGCAGAGUUCUCACCGGAACAGAUCGAGGAUUUCAAGGAAUCCUUCGGCCUCUUCGACAGGGUCGGUGACAGCCAGGUAGCUUUCAACCAGGUGGCCGACAUCAUGCGCGCCCUGGGCCAGAACCCCACCAACUUGGCCGUCAACAAGAUUCUGGGCAACCCAACCGCUGACGACUUGGCCAACAAGAGGGUCAACUUCGAGACCUUCCUUCCCAUGCUGAAGGAGGUCGACGCCCAGCCAAAGGGCACGUACGACGACUACAUUGAGGGCCUGCGCGUCUUCGACAAGGAGGGCAACGGCACAAUCAUGGGCGCCGAGCUGCGCAUCGUGCUGGCCACCCUGGGAGAGAAGAUGACCGAACACGAGAUUGAAUCCCUCAUGGUGGGCCAGGAGGACGAGAACGGCAGUCUGCACUACGAGGCUUUCAUCAAGCACAUCUUGUCUGUGUAAGAGGCCGACAGUAGGUCACCUACAGACAGCCCAACGGUGUUCAGGACAUCUACACUACAUCAAAGACCAACCAAGGAAAGACAAGGACUAUGUACAAGGGAUGUCGGAGCAAACCCAUCUUGUUGUUUAUUUUUGUUUUUCUUUCCAUUUCGUCUCAAACCCUCCUCGCUCGGGUCAUUACCUCUCCAUCGUAUACCACCAUCACUUGGCCUCUACUCCUUCCCGGGGGCGCUUCUCCACUCACCAGCAUGGGGUGAGGAACGGGGGAGAAGGGAUGACCGCUCAUCAAGUGAGGGUAGAUCCCUCCCUUCCCACCGCCACCCUCAUUCAGUCACGCCAUCACUGAUUCCCAGCAAUGCCAAAGGUGCUGGAGAAUGGUCGUGGACAGGCCGCCAAACGUCUCCCACCUCCCUGAAAAGUUUUAUUUAUUGUCACUCUGUUCAUUUCAGAAUAAACCUUUCCAACGUACAUCCCA